CAUCACGAUAAUGGUGCCACCCGCCACUACCACCUCUCUACACGCGACUCGUGCGUUUGCCGAGCCAAGAGGAAAGUGUUCCCUCUUCCCGGUGAAUCUCUGAAUCCCUGGCGACGUCAAAACCUGCGUGUGUUCAGAGCUGAAUCACUGUCUUCCUCUCCAUAGAUCUUACCGGACACGACCAUGGCCGCUUCUCUUCUCCUCUCGACAUCUCCUCCCCUUCUCCUCUCUCCUCUCCGCCGCAGCUCCGCCGUAGUCCGCCGCGUCACGGCCUUUCCUCGUCCCUUCUCGCCGACCCACUUGUCUUCAACUCCGGUUUCAGAUACCCUUUUGGUUUCACGGAGACUAGUUCGUCGUAGCUCUCUCCGCGACGAACCAGUCUCUUCGGAGAGCGAGAGUCCUCUUCAAUUCGGUGAGGACUCGGCGAAUUUUGAAUUGGGGAAGCAGAAGAUUCUUUCUUGGCUCUAUUUCGGCGUCGUUUUGGGUGUUGUCCUCUUCGCCCUUGAUGUUGUUUGGAUCGAUAAUUCCACUGGUUUCGGAAAAUUCUACGCAGACGCCGUAUCCAGAGUCUCCGGCUCACCUGAGGUUGCUAUGUUGGUCCUCAUUCUCGUCUUUGCAACUGUACAUAGCGGCUUGGCUAGUCUCCGCGAUAUCGGAGAGAAACUCAUCGGGGAAAGAGCAUUUCGUGUGCUGUUUGCAGGACUCUCUCUUCCUUUAGCUGUUAGCACCAUUGUGUAUUUUAUAAAUCAUAGAUACGACGGGUUGCAACUGUGGCAGCUUCAGGGUGUUCCUGGAGUUCAUGAGGCUGUUUGGUUUUCGAACUUUGUAUCGUUCUUUUUCCUCUAUCCUUCGACCUUUAAUCUUCUUGAGAUUGCGGCUGUUGAGAAACCGAAGAUGCAUAUUUGGGAGACUGGAAUCAUGAGAAUCACUAGACAUCCACAGAUGGUCGGACAGACAAUCUGGUGUUUGGCACACACGGUCUGGAUCGGUAACACGGUAGCGGUGGCAGCUUCCUUCGGGUUGAUCGCUCACCAUCUGCUCGGGGUAUGGAACGGAGACAGGAGACUAGCUAAAAGAUUCGGGGAGGAGGCUUUCGAGAGCGUGAAGAAAAGGACGAGCGUGAUUCCGUUUGCCGCCAUCCUCGAGGGACGGCAGAAGUUGCCCCGAGAUUACUACAGGGAAUUCCUCCGGUUGCCGUAUCUGACAAUAACGGCGUUAACGCUCGGUGCAUAUUUCGCUCACCCGCUUAUGCAGUCUUCAAGCUUCAGGCUCCAUUGGUAGUAGCAGCAGCAGCAGCAGCAGUAAGUAGUCUUCUUUCUCGUAUGGUACUGUGAGGGCUUCUGGCUUGUUCUCCUUACUCUUCUUCUUCUCCUCCACUUUGUGUGUUUUCAUAGCGAGGGAAAAAAAUAUGUAAAUUCAUAAAAUAUUUGUAAAUUCAGAAAAUAAUUUAUUGAUUUUUGUUACAACGCA